GGGCGGUGUUUGGGGUGACGGCGGGAGCAGGAGAAAGUUGCGCUUUACGCUGUGCACUUCCUGUUAAAAGCAUGUUGCGUUCCACCACCCCAUCCGAGUCCCGGGUCUGUGCAAGUCCUGGGCCCCCUACUUUUCUCGCGGCGUCCCCGCGGCUGCUACCCGGGAUUGCAAGUGCGGCUGUGGGGGAAGGAAACGGCCAGCUUGGAGCAGGCGCCCCUGCCCUCCUCUCCCCGCAGGGCUCGAGUCGCGACCCUUCAGGGUGGCAGAGCUGCCCCAACAGCCGCCAGAACUUCUGCUAGCAGCAAAGAAAUAGCCCAAUUGCUGAGUAUUUGCAUUUGCACCUCCUCUUCCCCCUCCUCCCCUCCCUUCUACCAAAGAAAGGAGGACGGACCUGGGCUGGUUUAUUCUGCGGCCGGGGAUUAUAUUUAUAUACAAACUGUCUUAUUCUCGCCAGAUUUUCCACUUAAGGAACAGACAUAGGAGGGUUAUUUUUCCAAAUUAUUUUUUUUUUAAUUGCACCUGCCUUUCAGCUUACCUUUGGGAAUUUGUGGGAGGAGCUGAGAGGGUGGAAAAUGUUGCUUUGCUUUGCAAAGGGAAGAAAACUUUGUCACCCAGCAGACCUCUGCCAUGUGUAACCUGGUAAGAGACCAUAACCAGGGCAGCAUUUGACUUUGAUUUUGCAUCUGAAGAGCCCGUAGGAGACAGCGGACACUUGAACCUAGCGCUCAUCGCCGAUCGCCGUCCCCUCCUGGGUGGCGGCCGCCGCGAGUUACCUGCUCACCACCCCCACCCCCCGGGGGAAGUCCCUACAAGGUGUUUUCAGAGGUGGAAGGAAAAUAAUAAAGAGCACGCGGAUCCAGUCCCACGGCAAGAAGCGUGUGAAGGAAAGUGCGGCGGCCGGGGGAGGAAAGACAAGGACCGAAUUCCAGGAACGAGUCACCCGGAAUUAACUUCUGCUUAAAGUUAUGGGAAGCGCGGCCAUGGACACCAAGAAGAAGAAAGAUGUUUCUAGCCCCGGCGGGAACAGCGGCAAGAAAAAUUCAAGCCAAAAGAGGCGAUCCCUGCGAGUGCACAUUCCUGAUCUGAGUGCCUUUGCCAUGCCAUUCCUGGAUGGAGAUGUGGAGAGCUCAGAAAAGCAUUCUUCUCGUAAGGUGGAAAGCCCCUUCAGCUCGGGCAGCCCCUCCAAAGGGUUCUUCUCCAGAGGCCCCCAGCAUCGGCCCUCCAGUCCCGUGUCUGCUCCCGUGAGGCCCAAGACCAGCCCUGGCUCUCCCAAAACAGUGUUCCCAUUCUCCUACCAGGAGUCCCCGCCCCGCUCCCCGCGCCGCAUGAGCUUCAGUGGCAUCUUCCGCUCCUCAUCCAAAGAGUCUUCCCCAAACUCCAACCCGUCUACCUCUCCGGGGGGCAUCCGGUUUUUCUCCCGCUCCAGAAAAACCUCCGGCCUCUCCUCUUCUCCAUCUACACCCACCCAAGUGACCAAACAGCACACAUUUCCUCUUGAAUCCUAUAAGCACGAACCUGAGCGACUAGAAAAUCGCAUCUAUGCCUCCUCUUCCCCUCCGGACACAGGCCAAAGGUUCUGCCUGCCCUCCUUUCAGAGUUCGGCCAAGCCUCCCUCAGCAUCACCAAAACACUAUGCCGCCCCCAAAACCGCGGCUGUAGCGGCGGCGGCGGCGGCAGCUCCGGGAACCGCUGAAGCCGGCAUGCUGGAGAAAUUCGAGUUAGAAGAAGAAGCAGUAGAAGAUUCUGAAAGUGGCGUUUAUAUGCGAUUCAUGAGAUCACACAAGUGUUAUGAUAUUGUUCCAACCAGUUCAAAGCUUGUGGUCUUUGACACUACAUUACAAGUUAAAAAGGCCUUCUUUGCUUUGGUAGCCAACGGUGUUCGAGCAGCGCCACUAUGGGAGAGUAAAAAACAAAGUUUUGUAGGAAUGCUAACAAUUACAGAUUUCAUAAACAUACUACAUAGAUACUAUAAAUCACCCAUGGUACAGAUUUAUGAAUUAGAAGAACACAAAAUUGAAACAUGGAGGGAGCUUUAUUUACAAGAAACAUUUAAGCCUUUAGUGAAUAUAUCUCCAGAUGCAAGCCUCUUCGAUGCUGUAUACUCGUUGAUCAAAAAUAAAAUCCACAGAUUGCCAGUUAUUGACCCUAUCAGUGGGAAUGCACUUUAUAUACUUACCCACAAAAGAAUCCUCAAGUUUCUCCAGCUUUUUAUGUCUGAUAUGCCAAAGCCUGCCUUCAUGAAGCAGAACCUGGAUGAGCUUGGAAUAGGAACAUACCACAACAUUGCCUUUAUACAUCCAGACACUCCUAUCAUUAAAGCCUUGAAUAUAUUUGUAGAAAGACGAAUAUCAGCUUUGCCUGUUGUGGAUGAGUCAGGAAAAGUUGUAGAUAUUUAUUCCAAAUUUGAUGUAAUUAAUCUUGCUGCUGAGAAAACAUACAAUAACCUAGAUAUCACAGUAACCCAGGCCCUUCAGCACCGUUCACAGUAUUUUGAAGGUGUUGUGAAGUGCAAUAAGCUGGAAAUACUGGAGACCAUCGUGGAUAGAAUAGUAAGAGCUGAGGUUCAUCGGCUAGUGGUAGUAAAUGAAGUGGAUAGUAUUGUGGGUAUUAUUUCCCUGUCAGAUAUUCUCCAAGCCCUGAUACUCACACCAGCAGGUGCCAAACAAAAGGAGACUGAAGCUGAAUGACUGCUGUGAAUGCAGAAGCCUUUGUAGAAAAACUUGAACAAAGUUUCUGGGUCACGUUUUGCCUCAUGAACACUGACCGCAAUAGAAGAAGAGUAAAAUGGUUAAGAAUGUAUAUCAGGGUUUAGUGAUGAGUAUUUUUUUUCCAGUGAUGUGGAACCUAAGUAUAAAAAAAGAAAGUUGAUUUUAUGUGCUUGAAUAGUCAGACUUGCAUUAAGUCUGCUUUCAGACCUUUCCCAAAAGAUUUCAAAUGCUAUAAGUCAUUAAAAGUGCACUGUGUUCGAAAAUUUUUAUUAUUUCUCAUUUCAAAGAAUUCACUGGUAUGUAACAGGUAAUACGACAUAAGGUAAGUGUAUGGCAUAUUCAUAUCUUAGUGCCUUAUGUCAGAAUACAGCAAUAUGUCAUCACUGUUGCCCAUCCCUGCUGGAGAACGUAUAGUGUGAAGUGACACUGUUUGAAUGUGAAGGUCUUUGAACUUUUUACCAAAUCAGUUUCUUUUCAUUAGGUGUGUCAAAAAGUUGUAAUUUGAAUAUAAUUACUUUAAAACUUUAAUGGCAGUUUUAUGUUCAAAUGUUUUGUUCUGAACUACAAUGUAAAACAAGACUGCCUUUAAAACAGCUUUAUUUUUUCUUUCAUGGCAAUUUUUUACGCAUCUUUUGGUGGGUAAACUUUACCGUCUCCAUAAAUAACAUAUUGAUUGUUAUUUUAAAAUGGCAAAUUUCUCAUUAUUUAAGUUUGAAUCUGGAAAGGAUUUGACUUCUAAAAUAGCCACUGUUAGAUUUUAAAUGUUAAAGUUUCUAAAAGCAUGCGUGGAAACCUACUCUGUACUGUACUGUAAAUAGGCAAAAGUUGUCAAGGAAAUGAAGUACCGGAAAGAUGUCUAUUUUUUCUUGUGUAUUGAAAUGUAAAAUCAUGAUGUUUGUAUGACUGCUGAUGCGAUUGUUUUUGUAAAUUUUAUUGUGGCAUAUACAGUAUUGUCAUACAGUUGAAAAGAAACAAAAAGUUUCCUGAUGUAAGUGCUCUGAAAUAUUGACACUGUAUAUAUGAGUAUAGUUUGUUUUUUGGGUUUUUUUUUUUUUUUGGCAGAUCAAAGAAAUU